CAGCACUGAGGAGAACGAGGCGGCACCGUCGACGCCUGCCCUACCGUCUCGCUCGUCGUCCUGCCAUGUCCAAAUGUUCGCUCGGACGACUCGGUCUGUCCAGUGCAGCUUCCAAGCCCACCGCGCAUCCCACUCGCCGCCGACUCCAUACUAGCACACCAUGCCACUUUGCUGGAACCAUCUCGCUGUCGGAGCUGGGGGUCGCCGAAAGCAGCGGUGUAAACGCGAUGAGCCAGGCUGCCCAAGGCAAGCUUGCCAACCUUCGCUUUCUCACCAGGAGCUCGCGUCCAGACCCUAGCCUAGUCUGGGGGCGCUACGCGGACCUGCUACCAUACUUCCGUCACGACAAGCUACCUCUCGAGGUCCACCAGGAAGUGCUUCGGAGUUGCACGCUACCUGCUGCUCAGCAAAGAAUUCUUUCUGCAAGAAAAUUCACUCCCCGAGCGACGAUCAGGGAGGUGCACAAGGACGAGGCGCGGUUCAAGACCAUCAUCCGACAAAUGCGCUCCGCGGGAUUCACCCCUAGCCUCGAUGACUAUCACUUCAUCUUAGAGCAAUUUGCUGCGGUGGGCGAUCAUACGGGUGCGAUGAAGGUCAUGGAGGAGAUCGGUCGAAUGGGGCUGGUGAAGUCACCCCAAACGUAUGGCUUAUGUCUGCAGGCCUUGUGUCACCGCUUAGCGUUGCCGUGUGCCCCGGACCUACGCGCUGGGCUUGUCAGCGAAGUGACGGCUCUCUGCAUGCAACUGCAAGCGGAGAUGCAAGAGAAGAGGUUGCCGUACACGUCCGUGAACGUUGACCUGGUCGUCCGUAUACUCAAGGAGACCUCCGACCUACAAGGCUUCGAGAAGCUCCUGAAGGUAGCAUAUGGCGUCGACCUUUCAUUCCCCGACCGGCCACCAUUAGAGUUGUGGGGUCAAUCAUCCAGUGCCGAGGAGCAAGGAUCGUCGGUCUCCGUCCUUAACAGCUCGGCCGAAGCAGCCCCGCCCACGGUACCGUUCUCGACAGCAGCACUCACCACCGCCGUGGACUUUCUCGGAAGGCUAUGCGAGGUAUCAAAACUAGUGCAAGCGUUUGAAGUUCUUUCGACGCCUCUUCCCACAACAUCCGCAACGACCUCUCCCGCCUACGACGAAGAUGAGGAGGACGACUUUGGCGUGUCCAACCCCCAGGUCGCGCCCUGGCAAACACCAUAUGCCGUACCAAACACGAUGACAUACCACCUACUCUUGAAACAUCUGGCGCGAGCGGGGUGUGGUGCGAUGGCGCGGCACUACCUGCUGCAGGCCAUCCGGUACGAGAAGGACGUGGAUAGAAAGGUCCGGAUCGCCUGCGUCCGAAUGCCUCGUUCCGAGGUCGUCGGUCCGCAUAUGGCCGUCAAUCGCAGCAUGAUCCUCGCUGUCUUCGGCCUGGCCAAUCGCCAGAGGGACCUGGAGCUGAUGCGCUGGACGCUCUACAAGACGGGCCAGGUGAUCAAGCUGAAGAAGAACCACAUCAGGUACUACGAGCGGAGAUUGCGAUGGUGGAGGCUUGCGGACGAGCUUGCCCGCCAAGAAUCUGCUGCAGCUUCGGGCACAGAGGACGUGACUUCAUCAUCUUCGGAGGAAUCGAAUGCUUCCGCCGAAUCUUCUUCGUCUGCUGUGUUCUCUUCGUACUUCACCCCUUCCUCAGCUUCCGACAACGUCGUCGACAAAACCGUGCACGUCCCGCCCAUGCCUUACUUCAACGUCGACCUCUCCACCCCCGCACCCUCUUCCCCAACCCCACCAAAAACCUUCGACAUCAACCGUCAUUUAGUCAUCAUCCGCAAAGACUUGCAGCUUUUGCAAGAGCUCGAGCAGAGGAUCGCGGACGCAGUAGGGCGCGUGACGCAACGUAUGAAGGAGAGGCUCGGCCGACGGGUGUGGAACGGGAAGGACGUAUAUAUGCGCGACAAACGCCGACGUCUGCUCGUGAGCAAGGAGGAAUGGCCAAGGAAGGUGCGCUUCCGCGCGUCCAAGUUUGUGCCCCCGCGAUUGGUGCAGUUGCAAGCUGCGAAACCCACCGAUGUCGCGCCCCAGGUUGCUCCGGGAUCCGUUGCCACGAGUCAAGGCAUCAUGACGUCUGCCGUACGGAUAGACGGUCCAUAACGAUGUCGGGGCGCACGUCGUCAGUGGCACUGUACUACAUAUUGUGUAAUCAUUUGCAUGUCGCAUCUAGCAUUUUACAAUCUUACAUCAAGAGACCGGCGAAGCAUGCUCUGAGUCUCCGCGGGGGACACUAUGAAUCACGUGAUCGCGUUGUAGGUCCAGGUUUAUGGCGGGG